AUGGAUCCUGUGAAGAAGUAUCGACUUUAUCUUGUAACGUUUUGUGCUACUUUGGCAAGUUUUUCUGUUGGAGUUUACAUUGGAUGGACUUCACCUGUGGUACCAAAACUGCGAGAACAAACUGAAGAUAGUCCAUUAGAUUAUGGUAUUACAACAGUGCAAGAAGGAUGGAUUGGUUCUUUGACAGCAGUUGGUGCUUUCUUUGGAGCCCUAGGAAUAGGAUACAUUGCAUUCAAAUUUGGUCGAAAGUGGGCAAUUUUGUCAACUUCAAUAUUUUACAUCAUUUCAUACAUUUUGUUGAUUGUUGGUAAUAAUAUUUGGUAUAUUUAUGCAGCACGAACACUUCAGGGAGUUGGAGGUGGAAUUACACAUGCCGUGGUUCCAAUGUACAUUGGUGAAAUAGCAACAAAUGAUCUUCGUGGUGCAUUGGGGUCUAUGCUUUUACUUUCUAUGAGUUGUGGAUUGGUUUUCGUGUACAGUAUUGGACCAUACGUUGAUUAUAUGACCUUACAGUGGAUUUGCCUUUCGAUUCCAAUUAUUCAAUUCUUCCUAACAAUUUUCUUUAUACCAGAAUCACCGUAUUUCUUCGCAAUGAAAAACCGAACAAAAAAUGGAAUUAAAUCCCUACGAAUUUUACGAGGACAAAGGGAAAAAACUACCGAAGCCUUGAUGAAUCAAAUUAAAAAAGAAGUCGACACCUCAAUGUUGAAUAAGGGAUCCAUUGUGGAUGUAUUCAAAAACCGCGGUUAUAGAAAAGGCCUAUUAAUCGGUUGUGGCUGUUUGGUUUUCCAACAACUUUGUGGUACAAAAGCUGUACUUGUCAAUAGCCAAUCGAUUUUUAGCAGUACCAAUUCGAGUCUUGACCCAGCAAUUGCUACCAUUAUCAUUGGACUUGCUCAACUUGUUUCAAAUUUUCCAACUCCUUUUAUUGUUGAACGGGCUGGACGCAAAAUCGUUCUAAUAAUUUCAUCAGUUGGCAUGUGUUUGGCACAUCUGACACUCGGAACAUUCUUCUACAUUCAAACAUUUGGUGAUGCAUCACAAAUUUUAUGGCUUCCAGUGCCGGCUAUGAUUGGAUUUAAUUUGUUCUUCGGGUUUGGAUUUGGACCGCUUCCGUGGGCAGUGAUGGGUGAAAUGUUUCCAUCGAAUAUCAAGUCGAGUGCUACUUCGAUUGCAUGUGGUAUUUAUUGGAUAACCAGUUUUGCUGUGGUACGGUGGUUUCCUGAACUAAAUGCCUUGGGACCGUAUUAUGCAUUUUGGUUUUUUGGAGGAAUGUGUGCAUUGGCGACUUUAUUUGUACUUUUUGUUGUAAUAGAAACAAAGAAAAUUAGUUUGCAGAGUAUUCAAGAGAAAUUACAAGCAUGA